AAAAACGGAAAAACACACCAAAACAAAACAAAAUACGAACCAAAAGCAAAUGACUCCAGUUAAUCGAGGCUAAAAUUGAGAGAAAGUAAGCCUCUGAAUAUGCGUAAUCGGACGCAAGUCUGAGAUAAACAUAGGAGGAUAAAUCUUUUCUCACUAAAUAAGAAGAAGAAUUGCAAACAUUUUCGAUAAUACACAAACUAUGAAUCGCUGCAGACUUUGUUUGGAUCGUCCGGGAGGUAUGGUUCGAAUAGAUGAAGACGUGUUUGGCAGACAUUUAGAAAUGCUUUUCCACGUACAGUUUCCAGCAAACGGAUAUCUACCUGAUAAAGUAUGUGAUAGAUGCGUGACAAAAGUGCACGAAUAUUACUCGUUUUAUCAACAAGUUAUUCGAGCACAACAGCUGUUACAAACGGAGAAGGAACGUGUGAUAAGGAAUCGUGUCAAAGCUGAUUCUAUACACCUGAUCGCUAGUGAUGAAGCGAACGAUUCAAAGCAUUACAAUCAUGAUGAAGCCAUCGAAACACAUGAUACUAAAAACAUCCUAUUGAAAAAUGGGGAUAGCACAGAUUAUGUGGAUCGAAAACCUGCUGAAGAGAAGAUAAAUAUAAUCACCACUAACAACGAACAUGAUGAACAGAGUCAGGAAAUAAAAGUAGAUGGUAAAAUUGAAUCAUUCGAAGCGAAAAGCCAAUCUAACGUCAAGUGUAAGAGCACGGCAAAUGAUAAGAAAAACGCUUUAAAGAAGCGAAUAGAAGAUAAUGACCGCAUUCGAGAAUUUUUCUCUAUAGUUUGUGAGAUAUGCUCGAAAGAGUUUUCUACAUUUCAACGGCUCCAAACGCACUCUCGCAAAGCGCAUCAUGUUCGCGGAUUCAUCGUUUGCUGCAAUCAACAGUUUUUCCGCACUUUCCGGGUUCUGGAUCACAUCGCGUUUCACCUAAAGCCCGAUACUUUUCGGUGCGAAUUGUGUGAAAAAAACUAUCGCAGUCGUUACACACUUCAGGAGCACAACAAAAGCCAUCAUUCUGAGCCAAAGGAGCGCCCAUUUAAAUGCGACCAGUGUCACCAAACGUACGAAAAAAGCUAUCAGCUCAAGUCCCACAUCUCGCGACACAUUCCAGUGCCGUGCCAUCUGUGUGGCACAAUGCUUUCCAGUGCGCAGGCACUACGGGUGCACAUUAGCCAUAUGCACGGUACUGAUGAGAGGCAAAUUUGUGACACAUGUGGCCUACAAUUUCGAACUCGAGCCGCACUCGAACGGCACGUGCGUGGUCACCUUGGGCAGGAGAAGGAGAACGAAAAGCGACAAUGUCCGCAAUGUGAGGUUUGGGUGAGUGGUGGUGCAGGUGGGCUUAAACAUCACACACAAAAUGUCCAUCCGGCCAAGGACAAAGUGUUUGAGUGUGAUAUUUGCCAACGGCGAUGCAAAAACGCUACCACCUUGUAUCAGCACCGUAAAGGCGUUCAUGCCCAGGAUCAGUACGAAUGUGAAUACUGCGGGAAAAGAUUCAAGCGCAAGAUUGGCCUGAAGGAACAUCGGGCCCUACAUACCGAGCAAAUGCUAUACUCUUGCAGUGUGUGCGAUCUCAAAACGAACUCGAACGCGAAUAUGUAUUCGCACAUUAAACGCAAACAUCUGAUCGAAUGGCAAGAAGCUCAAAAACAGAAACAGUUGGCAGCUGCAGCUAGUGUUGCGAAAUGGGCAUUACAUGUGGAACCCUUAGAGGUAGAGAGCUGAUAGCAAUGCGAUGUUCCUAUUUAAUAGCACGAAUACAUUCAACUUUAGUCGAAAGUACUUGUAAAUGUGUCCUUACAGGUUUCAAUUUCCAGACAAAUUCCUCCAAUCCAGGAACAGAAAUGAACGCAUUCCGGUUUUCCAUUCUCAUCGUCAGUAGUAGGAUGAAUAUAGCAGAUCAUGGUGAUAUACAGUCUUUCCCCGAGUUACGCGAAUUUUUAUUUUUGAUAGUUAAUAUGUAUUAUAAGUACAAUUUUCUCCAUCAAUUGUCUAAAGAAAAAUAAUUUGCAUUUUUUUUUCAAAAAAAUUAAAUCACUAAAAAAACAGAAAUAACUGAAUUUUCUACACCGAUUGCAUCAAAUGAGUAAUACAUUACAUUAAAUUACAUUACAUUAAACUAAAUUCUAUAAAAAAAAUCAUGAUAAAUAAAGUAUAUUAUGGCUGUAAAAUGUGAUAUUCGACUUACGCGGAAAUCCCAGUUACGCGAAUGUCUCCGGAACGCAUUAUUCGUGUAAUUCAGGGUUCUCAGGGGGCAAGUUCUUUUAAGUGAACGUGAAUGCACCGAUUCGUUCAUCACACUGACCGUGAUCUCGACGUGAACGUGAUUUCGGUUCUUUAGUUCAUUUAUAAAUAGCAUUACCUUUAAAUCGGUACACUAUUCGAAAAUCGAUAGAACUACAAGUUAAUCGGUAGGUCGGAUAGGUCUGGUCAAUAUGAACAGCAAGCCAAUAUUGACAAUCUAUCAUAUGGCGCUAGAACGCAUUGCGUAGUUUAAAAUUAACCGUUUCUUGUCUUGCACAUGAAUUUGCAGAUGUUGGUUUUUUCUAUAGAUUUUUUCUCCUUUUUAAAAUAAAAUUUUACACACAAAUCACAAAAUUUCCUAUCCUUCGGAAGUACAAAAAGUUCUAAUUUCCAAAUCCUGAGAGGACAAUAACAAAACGAAGAAAACAGAAUUUUAUCAUAUAAAAAUCUGACUACGUACUUUAAAUGUAAUGUAAAUGCAAUUAACAACAAGAAUGAUGUUCUGUUACUCAUUCAGGGCUGUAAAGAUAAGGAGAGUUAAAACAAAGGAUAUAAUGAUACAAAUCUUGAAACGCACAUAAAAGAAUGGAGCUUGAAAAAAGUCAGCAAUGCUCGUUUUUAAUUAAUACAAUGACAGCUUAAUUCAAAAAUGACUGAUAUAAUAGAAGCAUUACUUGGAAACCUCCUAAUGGUUUAACAAAACCUCCCUCAACCACAGAAUAAACUAAUCAAAGACACGCAAUAUUUCAACCAAAAAGUUUACCUACACUUCUUUUUCGAAUGACAUAUUUAUUACAAAUUAUGCGCACAUCCUGUAAAAAAAGAAACCCGCACUCAAAAACAGAAACAGUUGGCAGCUGCAGCUAGUUUUGCGAAAUGGGCAUUAAAUGUGGAACCCUUAGAGGUAGAGAGCUGAUAGCAAUGCGAUGUUCCUAUUUAAUAGCACGAAUACAUUCAACUUUAGUCGAAAGUACUUGUAAAUGUGUCCUUACAGGUUUCAAUUUCCAGCCAAAUUCCUCCAAUCCAGGAACAGAAAUGAACGCAUUCCGGUUUUCCAUUCUCAUCAUCAGUAGUAGGAUGAAUAUAGCAGGUCAUGGUGAUUACAGUCUUUCCCCGAGUUACGCGAAUUUUUAUUUUUGAUAGUUAAUUUGUAUUAUAAGUACAAUUUUCUCCAUCAAUUGUCUAAAGAAAAAUAAUUUGCAUUU